UCACAAACACACCUCCACAGGCGAAUAAUUUCAUUGGUGGAUCAAUACACGUGGUUGUCAACAUUGUGCAGACAUCCCUUUUCGCAACUCAAUAUUUGAGUGGGUUUAGACAGCGUAUUGGAUAUAUAUAUAUAUAUAUUAAGAGAGUGUAACUUAUUUAAAGAUUCAGAUGAGCCUUCGAGUCGGAUUGCGUUGUUUGGAAAGGAGAGCAAGAGGGCUUUGUUCCGGUACUGUGACGUCACAGUGUCCGUCUGAGACGUCAUUUCUAGCGCGCAGAUUCCAUGAGGAUUUCUUGCACAAACAAAAGAACCAAAACCAGCCGACGGUUUUGAUAACAGGGAGUCUGGGUCAGCUCGGCAAGGGGUUAGCUCAACUUCUCAGGUCGAAAUAUGGGCGAUACAACGUCAUCAUGUCGGAUAUUAUCAAGGCCCCGGAUCAUAUCCUAGAAGCAGGCCCGUUCAUCUACGCUGACAUCCUGGACUUCAAGAACCUGCAGGAGAUCGUGGUGAACUACCGUGUGGACUGGAUCAUCCACUUCAGUGCCCUGCUUAGUGCCAUCGGAGAACAGAAUGUGCCCCUGGCCAUGCGCGUCAAUAUCGAGGGCCUGCACAACAUACUGGAGCUAGCUAACCAGUACAAGCUGAAACUUUUCGUGCCCAGUACGAUAGGUGCGUUCGGCCCCGACUCCCCCCGCGACCCGACCCCAGACCUCACCAUACAGAGGCCUCGCACCAUCUACGGCGUGGCCAAGGUGCACGCUGAACUACUUGGGGAGUACUACAACCAGAGGUUCGGACUCGACUUCCGGAGUCUACGCUUCCCAGGCGUGAUCUCCUCGGAUACGAACCCCGGCGGAGGAACCACAGACUACGCCGUAGCAAUAUUCCACGAGGCGCUCAAGACGGGCCGCUACCAAUGCUACCUGGAGCCGGAUACCAUGCUUCCCAUGAUGUACAUCACCGACUGUCUCCGGUCCAUCUCCGAGUACAUGGAGCUGCCGGCCGAGAAGCUGAAGAUGCGGACAUACAACAUCCACGCAAUGAGCUUCACGCCCCGCAUCCUGGCUGAGAUCGUGAAGAGAUUCGUGCCCGAGUUUGAGAUGACCUACAAACCUGACAGCAGGCAGAAAAUCGCGGACACGUGGCCGAUGCGGUUCGAUGACUCUCGCGCACGCGCAGACUGGGGGUGGCAUCAUGAGUACGAUGUGGAACGCCUCUGUCAGGUUAUGUUUGAUGCUCUUUGGCCCCAAUACAGACCUGGGAAACAGCGGACCAAGCCCGUCUCGAAGCAAUAGCGUAGAAGCAGCGAACGUGUGGUUGAAAGAUUGCAAUUAUUAUAAAGCUAGUUCAGUAGCCCCAUUUAUUACACAAACAGCACAAAAGCUGCUCGAAACAGUUCAGUUCAUCAUGUCACAGGCGAGCAACCUAGAGCCUUUGGUCCGUUUUUUUACCAAAUGUUAGACUCCUAAUUAGUCAGCAAUAAUUUAUGUGACUACUUCAGGUUAAUAUGUAUUCUGUCUCACGUUUGUUAAAUUUCUGUACUUGGACAAUAUAUUUCGUCAAUGUGCGUUUUUUAUUUUUAAGCACAUUCACAAGUAUUUCAAUAAUAACAGUCAAUCUUUUAUAAGUAUUCCACAUAUUUUCAAUAUACCGGUUUGCUCUUAACAUUCCAAAAGCACAGUAUCUGGGUGCAGAAUCAAUGGGGUUUUCAAGGAUUUACACACGGGCUGGACAGAAUGUAAACACACCCCUAAGAACUUUAAUUUAGCAAAUAUCUCAAGUAUUGAAAUACAUUUGCAAAACUCUUUAGUGCAUAAAAGACAGUUUUUCUUGCAGUUUGUGCCGAUAUCUUAAGGUAUAAGAAUAAAUCAUUGAAUGCGUCUGAAAUCGGUGACAAAACUUCACGUUGCAUGAAGCAUAUUCGCGCAGUAUACAUGGACUUUUUUAUCAAGAACACAUGCUUAUUAAAUAAUUCUGAUGUUUUUCAUAUUGCCAUAAGCAGCAUAACAUCUGUCUUAUAUGUACUAGCUGAAAUUCUUAAAAUGGCUUAAAAAAGUUAUUUGAAAAAAAAGCGUCACUUACCGGCGUGUUUACUUCCAUUAACGUUUAAUUGGGAACCCAGCAAAGUCACGUGAUUCCGCACCCUGAGCAUGUUUUUGUAAGAACAUUGUUUUGUUUAACUGAUUUAACUUAGAAUGUAAUUUAGAAUCUCAAAAUAGUUUGAUCGUGUACUACAUCUUUAUUUAUUAUACGUAGCAUGUUAAUUGAAAUCUCAGCGACUGUUUUGCUGUGUUCAAUGUAUGUCUCAAUAUUGAUACAACAUCCACAAUUGAAUCUCAGUUAUUUAUAUUGUUACCUUAUUAUUUUAUCCUUAAUAUGGAGGACGUUAUGGUGUACUAAGGCUCAAAAUGUUUGACUGCAUGUGAAUAUCAAGCAUACACAGCGCUUUGUUAUUUUGAAGAGUUAUGCUAUUUUAAUAUAAUUUAUAUUUUUAAUAUUUAAAACGUUUAUCUAUAUCACGUGUAGUCUCCUGAUCGGUUAAGCAAACACGUAUUACAUGUUCUUCCAUUAGACCAGUUAUUGGUAAAAAAGACGGAUAAUUUGGACCGGGAUCUAAAUGCGUCUACGUGUGCUCAAGUAUAUUUUUUCUUAGAUAUGUACUACGGUUGCCUUUGAAAGAGAUACAUUUUGACAUUACUAAAUUUUAAAUAAAAUAGUUAAAAUAUUGUUUUACGAUGCGAUAAAACUUCAAUAGGCAAGCAUAAACUGACUGCUCGGUAUUGUUAUGGUUGAAAGUGUUGUUUGCUGAUUAAACAUCUGCGUUGAAAUGUAUGUUUGUAAAAAAUUCCGAAACAAUGA